UAUUUAAUAUUGACCUUUUUAUUGUUUAACUUAGAACUCAAAGAAUUAUCAUUAUGUAUAUAUUUCACGUUCAUUAAAACACGAUACGACUGAUAAGAAUGAUACAAUUCAUUCAUUACUGAAAAUAGUUUUGACAUAGAAUUUCAACAAAAUGCAAUGUUUAAGAAAUUCUGUUUUAAAAAUAACACAUCAACCUUUUCGUACAAUUAGCAGUGCGAUCCCCGAAAUACGAAUUUAUGAAGUAGGGCCAAGAGAUGGACUUCAAAAUGAAUCGAAAUUUGUACCAACGGAUGUUAAAAUUGAACUUAUUCAUAAACUUGCUGCAGCCGGUAUUAAAGAUAUUGAAUCUGCAAGUUUCGUGAGUCCAAAGUGGGUAAAACAAAUGAGUGAUGGAUCUGAAGUUAUGAAAAAUCUCAAGAGAGUUCCAGGUGUUAAUUAUCCAGUACUAAUACCUAAUCUAAAAGGCUAUGAAGCAGCAAAAAAAUGCAACAUUGAGGAAAUAGCUAUUUUUCCUGCUGGUUCAGAGGGAUUUUCUCAAAAAAAUCUAAAUUGUUCACUUGAAGAAGGUCUUAAGCGGUUUAAACUAGUUGCCGAUCAGGCAGUGAAAGAUGGUAUCAGAGUGAGAGGAUAUAUAUCCUGUGUUGUAGGAUGUCCCUAUGAUGGUCCUAUCAGUCCUAAAACAAUCGCAAAGAUAACAGAUGAACUAUUUUCAAUGGGCUGUUAUGAAGUAUCAUUGGGUGAUACAAUCGGAGUUGGUACCGCCGGUUCAGUUAGGAAGUUAAUGAAAGAAAUUGUAGCAGUAACCACAGCAGACAAACUGGCUCUUCACUUUCAUGAUACAUAUGGACAAGGAUUAUCAAAUCUGCUUGCUGGUCUAGAGUUUGGUAUCAAGACCGUCGAUUCUUCUAUCUCGGGUCUAGGCGGAUGUCCGUAUGCACGCGGAGCGAGCGGAAACCUUGCAACCGAAGACCUUGUAUAUUUCCUUUACGGUCUAGGAGUUAAUACAAACAUAGACCUGGUCAAGCUCGUCGAAGCCGGCCGUUAUAUUUCCAACUUCCUCGCCAAACCUACAGAGUCCAAAGUGAACCGAGCUCUCGGUGACCGAUUUAAAAAUCGCGAAAACAUUAUAAAAAUGGCUGCAUGCACGCUUUAGUAAAAUGAAAAAAGACGAACAAAG